AUGUCGACAACUUUGGUUCGUCGAGAUGGUCGUGGAGAGCGUGAAAUGCGUGGCAAAGAAUUGCAGACAUCCGUCUUUAAUCAAUUUGACGGUUCUGCGUGGUAUGCACAAGGCCUCACUACUGUGGCGGCUUCCGUUAACGGCCCUGUGGCGGCACGUCAGGAGGAUUACCGCAAGUGUCAUGUGCGUGUGAACGUUACACGCGCCGCACGUGUGCCACAGGCCGGCGGUACGGAUCGACUCUGUUUGGAACAAGAACGUGAGGAGCAGCGUCGGACGGAUGGAGAGACGGAGCGGCUUCUCACAACUUUUGUGGAGGCGGUGGUGUUACUGGAGCGAUUCCCCAGAUGUGUACUUGAGAUACACGUUACCGUGUUGGGCGAUGACGGCUCACUACUUGCCGUUGCGACAAAUGCAGUGAUGUGUGCAUUAUUGGAUGCCGGUGUGCCGUGCCGCACCACAAUUGCCGCGGUGAGUGUUGCCGUUUGUGCACCACAUGAUAAUGAAGCGCUGUUACCGUUAACGUCAUCCGGAGCUUCUUUAUCAGAAGCAUCAUCGUCGGCAUCUUUGCUGUUACUUGACCCUACAAUGGCGGAGGAGGCAACAGAUGAGGUGCGAAGUGUGGCAACCACGACAUUUAUUCUCUCCAACCCAAAUGGUGGUGGUGGUGGAGUACUGGCAAGUAAUAUGCAUUUGUACCCACACCGAUCCAAGCAUGUUAAAAGUGUUUCAGCAAAGGACUUCGCCGCUAUGGCUGCGCUGGCGGCACGUGCGGCAGUAACCAUUUUUACGUUUAUGCAGAAUUGUGGUGUGCCCUUAGAAUAA